CUUCGUACUACUGCUACCUAUUCUUCCCUUUCUUCCUUCUUCAUUUCCUAUUUAUGUUAUAACUUUUCUCAUUCACCACUACCAACUUAUAGAGUGAACAAUUAACAUUCAAGAAAUUAAACCAGAGAAUGAAACAUGGUUGGUCUCAGUGUAGUUCUGGAACCCCACAAUAACCACAACCACAAAGGUACCACUAGCACUAGCACUAGCAAAACCACCAACAUGUUUGGAAGCAGCAUCAACAAACCUUCACCUUCACCUUCACCUUCCCCUGUUUCUCCUCCUUCUUCUACAGUUUUCUUUGCUUCUUCCACAACAACAACCCACCAUACUACUCUGUUUCAGCCACCAACUUUUCUAGACCAAUGCUUUCUCUGCAGGAACAAGCUUUUACCUGGGAAAGACAUCUACAUGUACAAAGGGGAUAGAGCGUUCUGCAGCGUGGAUUGCAGGUGCGAGCAUAUUUUAACGGAUGAGGAAGAGAGUGUUCAGAAAGAGAAAGGUCGUCAUCAGCGGAAAGGAAAAAAUAACUAAGCAUUGAUGAUGAACGAUCGAGAUGUGUUACAAGAGAAGAAGAGAAAGUGAGAGACACAAGAAAUUAAAUCAAAAUGAGAGAGGCUUUUUUGUUUUUGUUCUAAUUCCCAGUUUUACCCAUGCUUUUGUUUUUUGUAAUGACAUCACAGCCCUUGCUCUUUUGCUUCCUAGUAUGAAGCCAAAUUGUCCUUUCAACUUUCCUUAUUUUUAUCUUCUCUACUGGGUCCAAGUUAUUAUGUAACUGUGAAUGAAGCCACUCUCUCUAUGGUGGUGGUUCUUGCA